AUGCAGCCCUUAUGCAAAUACGUAGCACUCCCAAGAACCGCAGUGGAUGAAGCGUUGAUGCGAAAAAUGAAGGUUGGCGAAACAAUUGAAUGUCAUUGCACAGGAAAAAACUGUGGACAAGCAUAUUUACCAGGCAUUGAGGAGGCACUCGACCGUACUACUAGUGUGCUUAAAGAUGAAAGAAACUGCAUCAAGAAUGAUCUCAGAAAGCAGAUCAAAGUUCCUCCAUCAGUACCACAACCUGGCCAUUCGCAACCACCACACAUACCUCAACAGCCACCACUACCACCUGGCUUUCCACAACCGUCACAAGCUCCACAACAGCCAAAAACGCCACCUAAACAGCCACCACUACCACCUGGCUUUCCACAAACCCCACAACCGCCUAGACAGCCACCCACUACGACCUGGGUUUCCACAACCCACACAACCGCCUAG